AGGUGCACGCGUGCUGCUCCCAGGUCCCAACCCAUCAUACCCUUGCGAUGCCCCUCCCCGUUCUCUUCCUUUGCCUCCUCAGCUUCCCUCUCUCCCUCCAUGCUUCUGACCCUCCUCCAAAAGGUUCCCACAUAAACUGUGGGUCGCAGGAGGAGGACACCAUUGGAGGCAUCAAAUGGAUUGCCGACGAUGGUUUCAUCAAAGCGGGGAACAUAUCCAAGCUCAACAUUCCAAAUAUCAUGCCUCUGCUUUCUUCUCUCCGGUACUUCCCGGACAAAUCAGCUCGGAAAUACUGUUAUUUGAUCACCGUGGCCAAAGGAACUAAGUAUUUGAUCCGAACAACAUACUAUUAUGGAGGUUUUGAUGAAGGUAACGAGCCCCCAGUUUUUGAUCAGAUAGUUGGAGGGAUGAAAUGGAGCACGGUGAACACCACAGAGAACUAUGCCAAGGGCCUGGCCUCCUACUAUGAGAUCAUCAUGGUGGCAACCAGGAAGACAAUGAGCAUUUGCUUGGCGAGGAAUGAGUACACUGUUUCAAGCCCAUUUAUAUCUGCUCUUGAGGUGGAGUACUUGGAAGAUUCUAUAUACAACUCAACUGAUUUCAAAACUUAUGCACUGAGUACUGUUGCCCGCCAUCGCUUUGGUUAUGAUGGCCCGAUAGCAGGCUAUCCAGAUGAUCCAUUCAACCGGUUUUGGGAGCCUUUCAAGGACACCAACCCUGUAGUCGAGAGCCAUCGGAACAUAACAUCAUCCCAUUUCUGGAAUUUCCCACCAAAAAUGGCGUUCCAGACUGCUCUUACAACCAGCAGAGGCAAGAAGCUUAUAGUCAAGUGGCCUGCAAUGGCACUGCCUGCUGCAAAGUACUAUUUGGCACUCUACUUUCAGGACAACCGAAGCCCAAGUGCAUUUAGCUGGAGAGUUUUCGAUGUUUCAGUGAAUGAGAAGACCUUUUAUUCAGGCCUCAAUGUUUCGACUGCAGGCGCCGUGGUCCAUGGGACGAAGUGGCCUCUAUCCGGACAGACACAGAUCACAUUGACCCCUGAUGUGAAUGCCUCUGUUGGCCCAGUGAUCAAUGCAGGGGAGCUCCUGAUGAUGGUCCCUCUUAAAAGAAGGACACUUGGUAGAGAUGUGCGUGCAAUGGAGGCAAUUGCAAGAAGCUUCAACAACCCACCCUCAGACUGGAGUGGAGAUCCUUGUUUACCCCAAGAGAAUUCUUGGACUGGUGUGACAUGCUCUCAAGGGAAACAUGCCCGAGUAACCGCACUGAACCUUGCAAACUUCGGCCUUACAGGAUCAUUGCCCAAGAGCAUAGCCAAAUUAUCAGCAAUCUCUAGCAUCUGGCUUGGUGGGAACAAACUUUCAGGUCCUAUUCCAGAUAUGGGCUCCCUCAAGCAGCUGGUUUCGUUGCAUUUGGAGAAUAACCAGCUUACUGGAUCUAUCCCUUCAUCAUUAGGAAACCUUGAGAAACUUCAAGAGUUAUUUCUCCAAAACAACAAUCUCGAAGGCCAAAUUCCUGAAAGUCUAAAAAGGAGAAGUGGAAUUCAUAUUCAGAUUUCACCUGGAAAUCAAAUUCACUGAGGUGCAGUGUAUUAUAGCAAGAUAGGAAGCACUUGUGUAUACCAAACUGCUGUCAAACUCCAGUCAAACCAAAUAAGGAACAAUGGUACAGUGACAUGUUUCUUGAGCUCAUUUCAAGGACAGAAAGGGCUGUGGAAGUGGAACAUCUCGCUUGAAUUCGUCUUUAAGAACAACUUUUAUAGCUUAUUUAUGCUUGUUAUAAGAAGCGAAUGGACUUACAGUAAUAUCAUAUUUUGUGCCCAAAAUUCAGAGUCUGAUGAUUUUGAUCAUGUAAAUGUUUUUUGCUGUAGUUUGUUUUCCUGUUAUGCCUGCUGUCAUAUCAGGAAAAAAAAGGGAUGAGACCAUGCAAAUAUUUGAUUGAUGUAGUUGAUCACUGUUUGAACAAAUGAGGUUUUAUUUAACGUU